CCCAGCUGUGUGUCCAUGAGGAGUGACCACUCUAAGGGUCACCCUAUUGAGUUCAAAGACAGCCACCUCACUGUGGAUGAUGGAGUCCAGCAGCAGAGCUCAGAGGUUCCCAGUGCUCAGUCUGCCCAGCAGCAUCAAACAGACCUGGCCUCCAUAUUUAUGCUGCUGGAGGAGAACAUCAACACCUUUGUGAAGAAGGAGCUGAAAAACCUGCAGAGGUCUCUGAGUCCAGAUUACCCAGAAUGCUCAGAGAGGCAGAGGGAGGAUGAGGAGGUGUUGGACGGUGAGGAGGAAGAGCAGAGGAAGAGAAGCAGAGAGUUUUUUCUGCAGAUCACACUGCACCUCCUGAGGAGGAUGAAGCAGGAGGAGCUGGCUGAGCGUCUGUGGAGCAAAACUGCCGCUGCAGCGUGCCAACGUGAACUCAAAUCUAACCUGAAGAAGAAGUGUGAGUGUGUGUUUGAGGGGAUUGCUAAAGCAGGAAACCCAACACUUCUGAAUCAGAUCUACACAGAGCUGUACAUCACAGAGGGAGGGAGUGGAGAGCUCAGUGAGGAACAUGAGGUCAGACAGAUUGAAACAGCAUCCAGGAAACCAGACACACCAGAAACACCAAUCAGAUGUGAAGACAUCUUUAAACCUUUACCUGGAAGAGGUGGACCAAUCAGGACAGUGAUGACAAAGGGAGUGGCUGGCAUUGGGAAAACAGUCUUAACACAGAAGUUCACUCUGGACUGGGCUGAACACAAAGCCAACCAGCAUGUCCACUUCACAUUUCCAUUCACUUUCAGAGAGCUGAAUCUGCUGAAAGGGAAAAAGUUGAGCUUGGUGGAACUUCUUCAUCACUUCUUCACUGAGACCAAAGAAGCAGGAAUCAGCAGGUUUGAGCAGUUCCAGGUUGUGUUGAUCUUUGACGGUCUGGAUGAGUGUCGACUUCCUCUGGACUUCAACAACAACCAGAUCCUGACUGAUGUUACAGAGUCCACCUCAGUGGACGUUCUGCUGACAAACCUCAUCAAGGGGAACCUGCUUCCCUCUGCUCACCUCUGGAUAACCACACGACCCGCAGCGGCCAAUCAGAUCCCUCCUGAGUGCGUUGGCAUGGUGACGGAGGUGAGAGGCUUCACUGACCCACAGAAGGAGCAAUACUUCAGGAAGAGAUUUAGAGAUGAGGAACAGGCCAGCAGAAUUAUCUCCCACAUCAAGAUGUCACGAAGCCUCCACAUCAUGUGCCACAUCCCAGUCUUCUGCUGGAUCACUGCUACAGUUCUGGAGGACGUGUUGAAAACCCGUGAUGGAGGAGACCUGCCCAAGACCCUGACUGAGAUGUACAUCCACUUCCUGGUGGUUCAGUCCAAAGUGCAGAACGUCAAGUAUCAUGGGAGAGAUGGGACAGAUCCAGUCUGGACUCCAGAGACCAGGGAGAUGAUCCUGUCUCUGGGAAAACUGGCUUUUGAGCAGCUGGAGAAAGGCAACCUCAUCUUCUAUGAAGCAGACCUGGCAGAGUGUGGCAUUGAUAUCAGAGCAGCCUCAGUGUACUCAGGAAUGUUCACACAGAUCUUUAAAGAGGAGCGUGGGCUGUACCAGGACAAGGUUUUCUGCUUCGUCCAUCUGAGUCUUCAGGAGUUUCUGGCUGCUGUUCAUGUCUUUGUGACAUUCAUCAACUCUGGAGUCAAUCUGAUGUCACAAAAAUCAACCUCCAGGUGGUCUGCACGAUUCAACAAGAAAACUAAACUAAAAGAACUCCUCCAGAGUGCUGUGGACAAGGCCUUACAGAGUCCAAAUGGACACCUGGACUUGUUCCUGCGCUUCCUCCUGGGUCUUUCACUGCCGACCAAUCAGACUCUCCUACAAGGCCUGAUGACACAGACAGGAAGUAGCUCACAGACCAAUCAGGAAACAGUCAAGUUCAUCAAGGAGAAGAUCAGGAAAAAUCCCUCUCCGGAGAGAAGCAUCAACCUGUUCCACUGUCUGAAUGAGCUGAAUGACCAUUCUCUAGUGGAGGAGAUCCAACAGUACCUGAGUUCAGGACGUCUCUUCAGAGAAAAACUCUCCCCUGCUCAGUGGUCAGCUCUGGGCUUCAUCUUACUGUCAUCAGAAGAAGAUCUGGACGUGUUUGACCUGAAGAAAUACUCUGCUUCAGAGGAGGCUCUUCUGAGGCUGCUUCCAGUGGUCAAAGCCUCCAAGAAAUCUGUGCUGAGUGGCUGUAAUCUGUCAGAGAGAAGCUGUGCAGCUCUGGCCUCAGUUCUCAGCUCCCAGUCCUCUAGUCUGAGAGAGCUGGACCUGAGUAACAACGAUCUGCAGGAUUCAGGAGUGAAGCGUCUCUCUGCUGGACUGGAGAGUCCACACUGCAGACUGGAGGCUCUCAGGCUGUCAGGCUGUCUGCUCACACAGGAAGGCUGUGCUUCUCUGGCCUCAGCUCUGAGCUCCAACCCCUCCCAUCUGAGAGAGCUGGACCUGAGCUACAAUCAUCCAGGAGACUCAGGAGUGAAGCUGCUCUCUUACAAAAAGAACAACUCAAAACUGACCUCUGUUUCUUCCUCCAGGGUGGACCAUGGUGGAGAGCAGUGGCUGAAACCAGGGAAACCAGGACUGAGGAAGUAUUCCUGUGAACUCAAACUGGACACAAACACAGCAAACAGACGCCUCGUCCUGUCUGAGGACAACAGGAAGGUGACAGGAGUGAGACAGGAGCAGCCAUAUCCUGAUCACCCAGAGAGGUUUGACCACUGGAAACAGAUCCUGUGUAGUGAUGGUCUGACUGGUCGCUGCUCCUGGGAGGUCGAGUGGAAAGGAUUUGUUUCUAUAGGAGUGACUUACAGAGGAAUCAGCAGGAGAGGAGACAGAGAAGACUGUGAGCUUGGAGGAAACGAAAACUCCUGGAGUCUGAACUGCCAUGGUUCUGGUCGUUUCUCUGCCUGGCACAACAACAGAUCGACACCCAUCUCUGCCUCCUCCCCCUCUAACAGAGUGUCAGUGUAUCUGGACUGGCCUGCUGGCUCUCUGUCCUUCUACAGCGUCUCCUCUGACUCACUGAUCCUCCUCCACACCUUCAACAGCUCCUUCACUGAACCUCUGUACCCGGGGUUUAGGGUUGGGUUAUUUGACUCCUCAGUGUCUCUGUGUCAGAUCUGA